CUCUGUGCUUGUAAAGCAGUUUGUACAUUGAACGUGUCUCAGAAGUGCAUGACUAACACAGCUGCAUUUCUUUCAGAACUUAACAAGGAAUCACCAAGUGAAUAUGCAGUCUUAAUGUAUGAUGCCUUAGGGAAACUGGGCAGUGAUGUUGAGGGGGGGAACGUAAACAGGCCAGGAUCUCUCAGGGAGUGUCUUUCAGUCCAAACACCUGACUUCAGUGGGCAGUACUGCCAGAUCUUUCUCAAACAGGAGUCAGUGCAGUAUUUUGUGGGAAUUUGUGUGCCAGACUCGUGUGAUGAGAUGGAGGUGCAGACAUUAGUGAUUUAUGACAUAUUUCAGCAAGGCGACUUCUCUCUGAUACCUCCUGUGCCGUCCCUUCUCCUGCCUGACCCUACACAGGGCAUCUUCAUGACCCAGUGCCUAAGCAACAACACUCCAGUCGACCUGUCAGCUGUUAUCUGCCUGUUUGUGUGUAGUGCAUUGGUGGCCUUGCCUAUCAUUGCAACUCUUUGUGUGGCUCUGAUGAAAUGGAAAAGAGGGAGAGAAAUCACACCAGGGGUGGAUUCCACCCUGCCCUCAAACCCCAACCAAUAUGGGGCCUUUCUGAUCAACGGUUCACCCGAUCACAGCAGAGAAUGUUGUGUCCUCCAGGAGAACAACCAGACACAGGACAAUAACACAAACAAAGACAAGGAUGUCUACAAAACGAGCUGUCUGUUGUCCUGUCUGGAGGCAUUCUCUCUGCAGGUCAGCAGUGUGGGGCAGCUGAGCACCGGGAGCUGCUGUUACUCAUCCUUAAAUGGCAUCCGCAUCCUCAGCCUGCUCUGGAUCAUCUCAGGACACACUGCCCAGCUCAGCUCCUGGAACAACCUGGAUAAUGAUAAGAGAUGGAAGGAGACAGUGGAGAAUAAUCCUCUGUAUGUAUUUGCCUUCAGUGGACCAGUCUAUCUGGCUGUCGACACCUUUCUGCUGCUGGGUGGUCUCCUUAGUGCAAAGUCCCUGCUUGGUUCUAUCCAGAGAUCAGAUGAUGAACUCAGUCUGAGUCUGGUAGCCCGGUUCCUGUUCAGAAGAUUUAAGAGGAUCCAGCCACUCCAUCUCUUUAUUGUUUGCCUGACCAUCGGGCUGUUCUCUGUGGUCCAGAGAGGGGCUUUCUGGUUUAUAGCAGAGGAUGAAAUCAUCAGCUGUAAGAAAUACUGGUGGUCCAACCUGCUUCUGAUCAACAAUCUCUUCACCAUUACUGAUAUUUGUGCUCCUUGGACUUGGUAUCUCUCCCUUGAUUUCCAGUUCUAUGUGACAACACCAUUGUUUAUAUUCCUCUACAGACUAAACAAAUGCGUGUUGAUUGGAGUAGCGAUUGUUCUUCUGCUGGUUUCCAGUUUAAUCAGUGCUCUUCUCACAGCCUUCUUACACCUCCCUGUUCACCAGCCAACCACACUAUCACAUGAAAGCUACUUUCAGUAUUACUACAACAAACCUUACACUAGGUACAGCCCAUAUCUGCUGGGUAUCCUGGCAGGGAUAUACAUGACAACAAAGAAAGAACCUCUUCUAAAACAACAGUGGCAGGCAGCAGUGGGCUGGCUGUGUUCCUUGGCUGUAAUGGCUCUAUUGGUAGGUUUGGCCUACAUCCUGAGGGAAGUCCCGCCCCAGCCCUCCCUCUGGCAUGCCCUGUAUCAGGGCCUGCACCGCAGUCUGUGGGCACUGGCUGUGACCUGGAUCAUAUUGGCCUGUGAGGAGGGGUAUGGAGGAUUUGUAGAUAAGAUGUUAUCCUUGGGUGUGUGGGCUCCUCUCUCCAACAUCAGUUUUGCGUGCUAUCUCAUCCAUCCAGUCCUCAUCAUUCUCUACAACGGCAAACAGGAGACACCCAUUCAUUAUACUGACCUCAACUUUUUUUACUUGUUUAUAGGUCACACGGUGCUGACUCUGGUUAUUGGUUAUGUCUUAACUCUGCUGAUUGAAAAGCCCUAUCUCGUUCUGAAAAGGAAAAAUGGUUAA